AUGAAUAAUAAGGAAGAAAUUGUAAUUGGAUAUUUAGAAUAAACAGAUGAUAUCCUUAAUAUAGAUGAUGAAUUACCUUCUUAUGCAAAUGGAUUACCUGUAGAAAAUAUUAAUUAAAUUUUAGUAUUUUUUAGAGAAUGAAGAUAAGUUUGAACCAAUUAAAUGUUAAUAAUGCGGAAAUCAAAUGAAAAUGUUACUUUAAGUAUUAUUCUAAUUAUACUUUUAAGAUAUAUGCUCCAUUAAAUAAGAAACAUGCUUCUUUUAGAGAAAUUUAUGUAUUUCUUUGCUUAAAUGAAUAAUGUUCUAAAAAUAAUAGUAGUGUUAGAGUUUUUAGAAUGUAAUCAUAAUAAAAACCUUAACUUUUGUAAUCUAAAAAUAAAGAGUAUAUACUUUCUCCAUAAAAUAAAUCAUUUAUAAUUGAUACUGAGAUUAUAAGUGCUAAAGAGAAUAACAAUGAACUUUAAGUAGCUGAAGAAUUAUUACCAACUAAUUUUGAUGAUGAAGAUAAAGAUGUAGAUUUAAAGAAUGUUAAAUUUGAUAAUGAAAAUAAAAUAUAUGAAAACUAUUUAAAGAGUACAGAAGAAAAAGAAGAUAUUAAUGAACUAGAUGGUUUAGAGUAAGAUCAACAAAAUAAUAUUGAUGGUUGUUUUCUUAUUUAUUAACAGUAUUUGUAAAAACAUAUAAUUUAGUUUUCUAACAUAAUAUCCAAAUCAUAUUGUGAGAUAUUGUUUUGAUUCUUAAAGUAAACCAUUAUGGUUUAGUGAUAAAAAACAACCAUAAAUUGAUUCAAAAUGUCCACAUUGCAAAAAGAAUAAGAUAUUCGAAUUCUAAAUUAAUAAUUCUAUUCUUACUUACUUUCCUGAAUUGUAUAACUUAGAAUGGGGAGCAUUAUAUAUUUACAGUUGUCCUUCAAGUUGUUAAGUUGGUGGUUAAAUACUAAUUGAAGAGACAAUAUAUGCUCAUUCAGAUGAAUAAGAAUUUAUUAGUCCUAAUUUAAAAGUAGAUCCAAAUACAAAAUUAGUCAGCAUUAAUACAAAUAAAUCGAAUAAAUAGAAAUAAUAAAUAUAAUAAUAAUAAUAAUAAUAAUAAAUUCAAUAAAAGAUAGAUGAAAAAGAUGAAGAAGAUGAUGAUUGGUGA